GUGCCAAGGAUGUGGUUUUGCUCUUCCUCUUCCUUUUCAUCUCCUUUCCAAUCCACCUUCUUCCUCUUUCCCUUUAGAUUCCGGCCAUGGCUUGCAUUGCCUUUGGGAGGUGUGAUGAUUCCUUCAGUUGUGCAUCCAUCAAAGCAUACCUUGCCGAGUUCAUCUCCACUCUUCUCUUUGUGUUUGCUGGUGUUGGAUCCGCCAUUGCUUACGAUAAGCUGACAUCUGAUGCAGCUCUGGACCCUGCCGGCCUGGUAGCAAUUGCAGUCUGCCAUGGCUUCGCACUGUUUGUAGCCGUUUCUGUCGGCGCCACCAUCUCCGGCGGCCAUGUAAAUCCGGCAGUCACCUUUGGGUUGGCCCUUGGGGGUCAGAUCACCAUUCUCACCGGCAUCUUCUACUGGGUUGCCCAACUUCUUGGAGCCAUUGUGGCUUGUUUCCUUCUCAAGCUCGUCACGGGAGGCUUGGCUGUUCCAACCCACACCUUGGGAUCAGGAGUUGGUGCCAUUGAAGGAGUUGUAAUGGAGAUCAUCAUCACCUUCGCGUUGGUCUACACCGUCUAUGCGACGGCGGUCGACCCGAAGAAGGGCUCAUUGGGCACGAUUGCACCCAUAGCCAUCGGGUUCAUUGUGGGUGCAAACAUCCUGGCGGCAGGGCCGUUCUCCGGUGGAUCCAUGAACCCGGCUCGCUCUUUCGGACCGGCGGUGGUCAGUGGGAACUUCACCGACAACUGGGUUUACUGGGUUGGUCCUCUCAUUGGUGGUGGCUUGGCCGGCCUCGUCUAUGGAAACCUCUACAUGUGUCCCUCAGACCAUGCUCCUCUCUCCUCUGAAUUUUAGUUAAAUUGUGAUGCACCAUUGCCAUGAUCGGUUCCUUCAAUUGAUGUAGUUGCAUUCUUCUCUGUAUGUUCAUGGAUGUCCAGUCUGGGGUGAAUAACAGAAAGGAGGGAAGGAUCGAUAGCGCUUCUCUUUCUCUGCCUUUUCCUUUCUUUGUUGAAAGCAUCAUUGUAGCCUGUGAGUUUUUUUUUUCACCUUUCUUUUUUUUUUUUCUUCUUCUUCUUCUUCUUCUUUUCUACUUUGAAGGUGAUCAUUUUGUAAGAAGUGGUUGGGAGAUGUUGAUGGUUCAUCUUUUUACGCUUGUAUUUCACGGACUGUAUUCAUUUUC